UGACACCAUGUCACACUGCCUGGCACUGGACCAGACUGAAAUGUCGUUACUCGCAAUGAAACUCUUUGCUCCCAUCUGCUCCAGCGAUGCAAACACAAGACGUGAUGCACUGGAGUUCUUGGAUGAUGGCUUGAAGGCUUGGAGUAAUGGUAAAAUUCCAGUUCAAGUGACGUCAAAGCUUCACUUGAAACAAGGAGAUCCUGAGGAUGAAAAACUACUUUCCUCGUUAAGUUUGCAGAGUUGUCUGCCGUUCUUGCUCAUGUGGGCUAAUCAAUGUCCCUUUAGUGAUGUUAGGGAGAAGUUGUCUGAAAGUCUGAUGACACUGAAGAUGUGUCGCGUAACAGUUCCUUCGCAGUUAAUCUGGGGUCCCAGUUCUUUCGUCCCACUAGAUGAGGCCAUUUCACCGUCAACCAACAAGCGAGAAAGCAAUCUACUAUGUCUACAGCUGGGAACCGAACCCCGGAUUUUAGCGUUACGCUCCCCUUAG